AUGACGAGAAAGAAGGUAACCCUUGCCUACAUUACUAAUGAUUCAGAGAGAAAAGCUUCAUACAAGAAGCGAAAGAAGGGUCUGAUAAAGAAGGUGAGCGAGCUGAGCAUCCUCUGUGGUGUGCAAGCCUGCGUCAUCAUCUACAGCCAGUACGACCCCGCGCCGGUGGUAUGGCCAACGCCUCUUGAUGCGCAGUCCAUCCUGGCCCGCUUCCGCAAGCUCUCCAUCAUGGACCAGACACGGAAGAUGGUCAACCAGGAGAGCUUCACCCGCCAGCGGAUCAAGAAGGCGACGGAGCAGCUCCGCCGUCUCCAGAAGGAAAACAGCUGCCGGGAGCUUGAGGCCUUAAUGUUCCGAUGCAUCCUCGGCCAAGCCUCCCUCAACGACCUCCAGAUCCAUGACGUCUCGGAGAUGAGCUUUAUCAUCGGCCAGACGCUCCGAGAUAUAAAAGCAAGGAUGGAUGCUAUGGUAGCUGAGCACCAGCGCAAUCUGGCUGCGCCGCCGCCGCCGCUACCUCCACUCCUGCUGCCGCCGCCGCCUAUGUUGGCGAUGCCGCCUCCUUCUCCUCCAACCGCUGUGGAAGAGGCUCCAGUGCGGAUGGAGGAUGAUGGGAUGGAGAGCUUCCCAUGGAACCUGGUCCAGAGCCCGGGAGGAGGAGGCGAUAUGGAGGGGACCGGGCUCGGGUGGGAUCCCGGGAUGGUGCUGCCGGAUCCAUACGAUUUCGACCAGUCUAGCUCUUUUCAAUCUGGCCAGAAUCCAAAUCGGAAUCUGGAUCCAAAUCCUAACCCUUACCCUAACCCUAAUCCAACUCCUUUUAAUAAGUGA